AUGAGCACGCUCCAACCCCCCGACCAUCCCCUCGCCCUCCGCCACUCCCACCUCCUCGCCCCAGCCCCAGACCGUCUCACCAACACACCCACCACCCUCACCAUCACCCGCUCCAACACCGUCUCCGGCCGCGCCUUUAGCGUACACCAGCUCCGCGCGCAUGAGCCCUUCGACAGCCCCGCCCGCCGCUCCCUCCUCUACACCGUAUCCGGCAAGUUCUGGAGCGGCACAUUGGCACGCGAGAUCCGCGAUGCAGCCGGUCGUCCACUGCUCGAGCUGCGCCGGCGGAUCUGGUGGCGCGCAUGGAGCGUGAAGCAGCCCGGCGGCGGGGAGGAGCUAAUGAGUGCUGAGAUGCGGUGGGGCGCCUCCGUGAAGAUGGCCGUGCGUGUGCAGAAUGCCUUGUUGGCUGCUGGGCUGCUGGAUAACUGGAGGGAUGCCGAGGAGCGCGAACGGGAGUACGUCAAUAGCCACGACUACUAUCCGAUCCCGAGUGGCCGGCGCCGCCAUGGCCACGGCCACAACAGCAACAGCAACAGCAAUAGCAGUGGAGGUAGAUACGCGCGCCGCCACAUAUCCCCCCCACCACCGUAUAGCGCAAUUGCAUCCAGCAGCGUCAAUAACCCGCUCCCGCGCCCGUCCACCGACACCACCAGCACGAAAAGCACACACCUCCCCUCCUACGCGUCCGCGCACCGCCGCUCCACCCACUCGUUGCGCGACCUCCUCGACGCCGUCGAACCCCCUGCCGAGCCCGCGCCCGCAUCCAGCUAUGCAUUCCCGCCGGCGCGGCGGCACAGCGAGGCAGUGGGGGGCGAGAAGGUGGCGCUGCGGGUGGUGCGGGAGAGCAACACGGCGGCGGCGGUGAUGAUGGGAGAGCGGAAGAUUGUGUCUAUCCGGCGGGAGAAGGUAUUGGAGUUUGGGCUCAGUGGGCCGGUGGAUCGGUGGGAAGUGGGUGUUGCCGAAGGGGUGGAUUUGUUACUUGCUGUGAGUAUUGUGCUGAUUCUGGCGGAGUUUGUGCGGCAUGAGUAUCGAGUGCGGAUCAAGUGA